AUGGCGGCAAACGAGGAGAAGCAGAAGCGGCCGCUGGCGGAUGAUCCCAUCGUGUCCUUGGCUGAGGUUCUGGAGGAGAAUGAAUUGUUGGAGAAUGAAGCCUGUGCGGUGCUGGGUGGCAGCGACUCCGAUAAAUGCUCUUACUCGGAGGGCUACGUGAAGAGGCAGGCGUUGUAUGCUUGCAACACCUGUACGCCAAAGGGGGGGCAGCCUGCGGGCAUCUGCUUGGCUUGCAGCUACAAGUGCCAUGAAGGCCAUGAGCUCUUUGAAUUGUAUACAAAAAGAAAUUUCCGCUGCGACUGUGGGAACAGCAAGUUUAGUGAUCUGCAAUGCAAGUUUUUCUCAGAGAAAGAAAAAACAAAUUGUGCCAAUAAAUAUAAUGACAACUUCUUUGGGCUGUACUGCACCUGCAAGAGACCUUAUCCAGACCCUGAAGAUGAGACCCCGGAUGAAAUGAUUCAGUGUGUGGUGUGUGAAGACUGGUUCCAUGGAAGGCAUCUCGGUGCUGUUCUCCCUGACAACGUAGAGUAUCAGGAGAUGGCAUGUCAGAGCUGUAUGAAGAGAUGCUCCUUUCUGUGGACCUACGCAACACACUGGUCAGUUAACAAGGCAACAGAUGCUGAUAACAGUGGACCAUUGGCCAAGAUGGAGGAUGACAAUGUUGAUGUGUGUACAGUGCAGGAAAACGGAGAUUCACAAAACCAGAAACCAAAGGGUCGUGCAUUGAAGACUGAAGCAACCGGCUCCAAGCCCAGUGAACCCUCCACAAGCUGCAAGGCUGAGACAUCUGAGGCAGCCAAUGGCGAUGAAGCGAGUUGCAGCGUGGAGGAGGAUGCUGCAAAGAAUGCUGGGUGCAAACUACAGCAGCUGAAGAAGAAGGGAAGCAUCCAGAGAGAAUGUGCCACCUACUGGCCUCGUAACUGGCGCAACAGGCUGUGUACCUGCCCAUCCUGCAUGAACCUGUAUAAAGAACUAGAAAUCUCCUUUCUGUUGGACGAGUUUGAUACAGUACUGGCCUACGAAAACAAAGGUAAAAGUGACGAAGAGACUGAUAGCGAGAGAUGCGAUCCAUUGAUGACUGCCCUGAGCAACAUGAACAGAAUCCAACAAGUGGAACUCAUCUAUGAAUACAAUGAUUUGAAGUCUGAACUGAAAGAUUACCUGAAGAGAUUUGCAGAUGAAGGAAAGGUGGUUACAAGUGAAGAUAUCCAGCAAUUCUUUGAAGAGCUUCAAUCAAAGAAGCGGCGGAGAGUGGAUGGAAUGCAGUACUUUUGCAGUUAAGCUACAGAAAAGCCCAUAAAAAAAAUAUUAGUCAAAGAUGUGCAAAACAGUUUGGUAACAAUGGCACUUUUAAAAUUAACUGGUUGUCUGUCCCCAGUGUAUUUUACUUUUGCCUCGUGUAGAGUUAUAGCUGAAACAGUUGCUACAGGAGCAAUAGAGAAUUCAUAGCAUCAAUUCUUUGCAGUAGGGGGAAAAAAAAAAGUUGAUAUUCAGAACUGAAACUUUAAGAAGCUAAUGAUUUGUACUAUGAUUUUCUUUGAACUCCUGAUUGACAUAAACUUUGGAACAACUAUGACAGGCUCUCAACCAAAUGAUAGAUACAAAGUGCUGGAGUAACUCAGCGGGUCAGGCAGCAUCUCUGGAGAAACUGGAUAGGUUACCUUUCAGGUCAAGACCCUUCUUCAGAGUCAGGACCUGAAACAUGGCUUAUCCAUUUUCUCUCGUGAUGCUGCCUGGCCUGCUACUUUAAUUCAGCAUUGUGUGUCUAUAUUUAGGAUAAACCAGCAACUACAGUACAUUUUUUUAUUCCAUCGCAGCCAAAUCAGUUGGAUAUCGGAUCUAUCAUUCAUCCUCCAUCCAUCACCACCACAAACUAGUUAACAGCAGUGUAGGGUAGGUAUCUAAUAUCAAGCCAUACCUGCGGGUGAAAACUUCUCAUCCAGCUGCCUCUUAAAAACUGUUCCACCACCAAGGGCAAAAACCAAUAGCAUCAACUGUGCAUUUAUAGUUGCAAAUCAAAACAAUUAGAUUCAUAUUAAGAUGGAUAAGAAACUAGCUAGCAUUUAAUAGAGAAAACCUGAAUCUGUGGUUCACUACCUGAGCAAUUGUUUAAAUCAUAGUUAUACAGCAUGGAAACAGGCCCUGUGACCCAACUAACCCAUUCCCAAUCUACACUUCCCAACUGCCAUGUUUGUUCCAAAGUUGAUAAAUCCACCACCUGUUAUUUGAAAAGGUUGCCCCUCAUUUUCCUAUUAAAUCUUUCCACUCACCUUAAACCUAUGCCCUUUGGUUGUUUUUUUCCCCCUCCCUUGGUAAGACUGUGCCCUAUCCUCAUCAUCUUGUAAGAUUACCCCUCAUCUUCCAGCACUUCAAAGAAUAAAGACCUAGAGUACCUAACCUGCCCCUAUAGCUCGGGUCCUGACAACAUCCUGAAAUUGGCUCUGCAAUCUUUCCAGCCUAACAACAUCUUUCCUGUAGCAGAGUGCCCACAACUGAACGCAAUACUCCAAAUGCAGCCUCACUACAUCUUGUACACCUGUAACAUGGCAUCCACAUGCUAUACUGAAGGACAAUGUACUAAAAAACAACCUAUCCAUCUGUGAUGCCGUUUUAAAGGAACUAUGUACCUGCAUGACUACACCCAUCUGCUCUACAACACACCCCAGGGCCCUGCUAUUCAUUGUGAAGGUCCUGCCCUGGUUUGACUUCUCAAAAUAUAACUCUUCAAACAUACCUGCAUUAAACUCUUAACCAUUCCUCAGCCCACUUGCCCUUGAUCAAAAUGCUGCUGUACAUUUUGGUAACCAUCUUCAUAUCUACAACACCAUCCACUGCAUCUGCAAACCUACUAAUCAUGCCUUGUACAUUCUCAUCCACAUUGUUGCCAUCAAGUACAAAGUCAAACCACUAAUCACGACCUGAAACCAGUCUGCAAACCACCAUCCUCUGCUUCCUUCCAUGAAGCCAAUUCUCUAUCCAACUGGCUAGCUCUCCAUGUGAUCUAACCUUCAAAUGCAGCCUACCAGCUGAAACUUAUCAAAUGCUUUGCUAGUCCAUAUAGGCAAUGUCUACAGCUCUGCCCUCAACCUUUUUUGGUUACUACUUCAAAAAACACACCAUUUAGAUACAUAAGCCACGAUCUCCCAUGUACAAAACCAUGUUGACUAUCUCUAAUCAGCCCCUCUCCAAAUGAAUUUUCUCUUGUCAAUCAGAAUAUUCUCCAGUAACUUGCUACCUGAGCUAUUAGUUUACUGGUCUAGAGGUCCCAGGCUUUGCCUUGCAUCCCUUCUUAAAUAAAGAAACAACAUCAACCCCCCCGUCUUCCAGCACCCCACCCAUGUCUAAUGUUUCACACCUGCAAUUUCUUCUUUAGCUUCCCAGUGUCCUCAGAUAAAUGUGACUAGGUUAGAAUAUUUAUCUACAUACACCUUGGGGCAUUCAGUACUUCCUCAACCGUAGUGGGACUGUCCUUAAGACAUUUCCAGUACCAGUCCCAACUAACCCAGGUUUCAUGUCUUUCUCCACAGUAAAAACAGAGGAGAUUUCUAUGAUAUUCUAUAAAUUGUUUCAUCCAUACCAGUAACAAGUGUCUGAAAAUGUUACGACCCCUUUUGGUUUAUAAAUGUUCAAAUAAUUCAGUGCAUCUUCAACUUUGUGUAAAACUGACUGAAAAUUUUAAGCUGUUCUAUUACUAAUGCUUGAAUGUUCAUGGGAUGGGGAGAAUAAGCCAAUAAAGACAUGUUACUUUGCCGUGA